CUUGCCAUAGGUUGUCUCACCAUCUGUCCACGCCGCAAAAGGAUGCAGCUCUCCGAAGAUGGUAUGGAUCACCCAGCGGAGCAUUGGAGAGCCCAAGAUGGGCAGCCACUGGGAUCAGCGAUGGGGAAGCUGCAGGACGUCGAACGUCGAAGCCGCAAGAAGGGAGUUUGAGUCAUGCAGACAAGUGAAUGAUGCGACGUUGGGAAUUAGGUCCUGCGGCCAUAUCCACAAUGAUGUGGCCUGUGACCCGCGUGUUGCCAAUUUAUUCACUGUUGUUCAGUUAUUCGUACAUGUUCGUACAGUCAAAGUUGACAAAGUUGAGGAUCUAGUUACAGCCUAUCGCCACCCGACAUUCAGCGUAUCGUUGCGGAGGGUGAGGGACGUGUUUCUGUGACGGCUCAUUUGAACCAUAGACAUGAAUGACGUAUAUAUAUAUAUAUUGGACGUUUAUACACUUGCUCCCGUAGCCUUUGAGAAGUGCGAGCUUGAUAGUUAUGGACCACGAUGAUAGAGAGUUGUGAUCUCUAAGAAAGCGGACGCUUGUUGGUCGUAUCGUUGCCUCAAGGGCUGCAGGCGGUUCAAGUGUCAUGUUCUAUUGCUCACUCCGCCCUCACCUGUCCG